AUGCAGCACUCCCUUCAGGGUGCAUCAUUGCCCGAUGCGCUGGUGCGUGCCAUACGCGCAGCCAGCAAGGCUUUUUUCCAGAUCCAGGCCUCCCGAUACGCAAAAGAGGCCAACAGCAAGUCGGACUUGGGCUUUGUGUCGCUUGUAAUGAAGACAAAAAUGCUUGGGCCGCAGGUGAAGUUCGAUUGCAAUCACCUGUUGCCCAGUGCCUGGUCUGAGCUGUACCGCGCCGCUGUGAAUGAGCUGGCGGACGCCAACGCCACAGAACUCUGGGGCCUUGUCUCCGCAGUGCUGAGUGUGGUAGAGCAAGGCGCGGCCGACUGCGUAAACGCGAGCGUCGCCAUUGUCAAGUGGCACAACUUGUUUGAUAAUGAGCUCGCAGACGCCGAAGAGGUGAUUUGGCGGUUGCAAUGCGAAGACCCUCAUGAUAGUCUGGAUGCCGUUGUCGAGGAGUUCGGGUCGAGUGUACUAGUCCGCAUCGAAGGCGCAUUUCUCACUGGGCGCUUUCACGCUGCCGCGUCGCUCAUAGACGCGCUGCUGCAGUACCUGCGCCGCGGUGGGUCAGCAUUGCUGACCGCGGAAGUGGAAACGGCCUUGGCCAACGUGAAGCGGCUGCUGACGGUUUCAUUUCAUGACCCGGUGAGCCACCGUCAGUGGGUGGAGGCCGCGAACGACGAGGUGCAGGACUCGCGCAUCAUUUUUUUGCAUGCGUCCCGAGGCAACCAAAGCGGCUACGACGAUGACAGCGGCAGCGGCAGUGGCGGUGCCACGGUGAUAGACAGGCUGGUCGGCGACCUCUGCGCCACCUCCUUAGACAUCAUCCUGCUCAUCACGAAGGAUGCAAAGCGGAUGUGCGAGCGGUGUUGCGACUCGCACCGCACCGCCACAGAUUUUCUAACAGCGGUAUGCGCUAUCGUGGAGCCCUACGCUAGCCUCGAGCGUGUCUACUCUCUCUUUGGUAAGUACGUGGAUAACUGGUCCAGCAACGAAGGUAGUCAGUGGUACUAUGAGUGCAUCUUGGCGGUUCUGAGAGUGAGCUCGGUAGCGGACAUGGUGAUGGCAAUGCACGAGGUGGCGACAAUUGCGGCGGAGGCACUUCCUCAUGCGCUGGCGCUCCCCUCCACCCUCGGCAACGAAGAGGCAUACGACUGCGACAACAAUGACGCGGAUGAGGAUAGCGAUACGGUGAGCCUCAGCGCCAUCACCGCCGCCGCAAAGCCGCCGAGUGCAGCAACGACGCGGCGCUUCGUACUGGCGUGCAUGGCAGCCCAUAUCGCGGACCUGUGUGCGCCGUCGGUCGUUGCCACCUCAGCAGCCGAGAUUCACCUGACAUUCUGUCGCAACGAGCUUAUCACGGCCUACUUACGGCUCUUCGCACUGCAUCCACGCACAUGGCGCACUGCGGGCCUCUAUGCCUGCUGCUCGCCCCUGAAUGACCCAUCUUUCCUCAGCGAAAUUGUGCUUUUCAUUACUCCGACGGCCGCGGUGGACGAGCGUGUGUACCGCAGUCUGCGUGCCUUCUUCCACACCACGUGGAGCACUAGCAGUGACCAUCAGCAGGUGAUACGCGCAAAGCUGGAGUCCGCACUGCCGGAGCACGCGACGGUGGCGAAGUGGUGGUCCGCCAUGGAAUACUACUACGCCGAGUCCUACCGGGAAGCACAUCGGUACAUUAUCAAGACACAGUUCACCGGCGGCAGCUGUGCGCGCGCGGUGUGGCUGGCCGUGCAAACGCGGCUAACGGAAGUAAUCGAGUCUGAAAUCCGCCGCCAGCUUACGAACAAAGACGCCCUGGAGAAUGCGCAGCUCUAUAUGGUAGGCUCCGCUGUUCAAAAUGGGCUCAUUGCUAUAAGCGCCUGCACAGACGUGGAGCUGGGGCGCUACCUAUGCGCUGUUGCAGCGCUCUCAGCAUACCGGCAAGCCGCGACGGCCGCCAACGCGUCUCUCGCGGCGCUUACGCCUGGCCGGCCAUCCUCGUUUCACCCGUCGCUGUCGUCGUCUCGAAAAUUAGGAUUCGCUCUUGAGGCGGUGGCUACAUGUCUGCAGACGAUUGAGACGGCUUUGAAGAGUCUCGACGAGUGUCACGCAAUGGUGCACCCGUCCACGACCUUCACCCUCGUCGAGCAUGGCGCCUCGCUGCUGCUCUCACUGCGCCAGCUCAUGAUGGACCCCAAAACAGGGGAGUCCACCAGCUCUGCCCACGUCUCUAGCUGUUUGCUGCCGCUGCUGGUCGAGUCGUACGAGCUGGCAAGCAUUCACAAUGUCCCCCGCAACCCGCGCCUAGCAGAUCGUAGUCGCGCCUUGGCUGAACAGCUAGCUCACGUGCACCAGACCUGCAUUUGA